AUGCCUCCCUUCGAGCUUUUGUAUGGGAGGAGGUGUCGGACUCCUAUUUGUUGGGGGGAGGUGGGACAGAGAGUGAUGGGUGGCACCGAGAUAGUGCUGAGGACGACUGAGCAGAUCCAGCAGGUUAGACAGAGAUUACUAACGGUCCAGAGUCGCCAAAAGAGUUAUGCGGACAGGCGACGAUCCGAAUCAGAAUUCCAGGUCGGAGAUUUUGUCCUCCUGAAGGUAUCCCCGUGGAAAGGGGUGAUCCGAUUUAGGAAGCGGGGCAAGCUGGGGCCCCGAUGUAUCGGUCCUUUUAGAGUGACCGCCAGGGUAGGCAGAGUAGCCUACCGGUUGGAGUUACCUGCAGAGUUGAGUCAGAUACAUAACACCUUGCACGUGUCCCAGUUGAGGAAGUGUGUAGCCGACGAGGCGGUAGUGGUGCCAUUAGAGGACAUUUAG